AUGUUUGGACAAAUGCUGACUGACGCUCGUCCGCAGGAUACCGCCGCACUCUGGACGAAAGACGGAAAGAUCGUGAAGCCGAAGGGUAAGGCAGGCACGGGCUCUGGUCUACACCUGGGUCCUGGUCUCUACGUCACAGAUACCUGGUCAACCGGGGUGUUCUACGCGAACUGGAACAGCCACGAAACGCAUAAGCCGCCCAAAGUGUGCGCGGUCUAUGCAAAGUCGGAGUCCGACUGGCGCUCUAUGAUGACCAAGGUCUGGAUGCCGGACAACUUGAUCAGCGCCACAGCUACUGAGGCAGAGAGGCAAAAGUACAUCAAAGAGAAGGCUCCGCACAAGAUGGACACUACCGCCGUCAAGUUCGGUCCUCUAGACCCACAGAGACCGACCCAGCAUCAGCUUGUCAUUCCCGAGGCGAUUGAAGACCACUUCGAAGUGGUAUGCGUGAACCCUACAGCGAACCCGCCUGCGGGAUAUCCUACGCUGCAAUACUCCUCUCCGGCGCUCAAGGCUGAAUGGAAGAUUAUCAGUUAG